UAAAUAAGCAGAACCACCGACGGACAACGCAGUUCAGAUAAAGUUCUACUAUUGACAAGUUUUAUUAAUUUGUUACUAUAAUGCAUUUACUAAUCGGUAUUGUUCUAUUAUGCUGCUCAGUGGUCACGUAUGCUGCGCCUAGGAUUAUCGGAGGUAAAGAUGCUCCAGACGGCAAGUACAAGUACCAAGUAUCAUUGAGAAAUGGCGAUUUCCACUUCUGCGGUGGUUCAAUUCUCAAUAACAGAUGGAUUCUUACCGCUGCUCAUUGCGUCCAAGGGCAGGGGCAAGAAUCAAUUAGAGUAGUCGCCGGCACAAACCUCCUGAAGGGUGGUGCUGAGCAAAUCUAUCGAUCGGAGUACAUUUCUUAUCAUAAAAACUUUAGUAUAGGCACCCUGCAAAAUGAUGUUGCUAUGAUUCGCGUCAGUAAGAAUAUCCAAUUUAAUGACAAGGUACAGCCAAUAUCCUUACCCAAGAAUGAAUUCUAUGAAAAUGGUCAGUCGGUCAAACUGACUGGAUGGGGUAGUACCAUAUUGGGUAGUGCAGCCCCCAACAAGCUUCAAGAGAUCGAUCUGAAUCUUUACGACCAAGAUAAAUGUAAAAAUGAGAUGUCAUACGUUACCAAAAUUACCAUUUCUCACAUUUGCACUAAAACCAAACUUGGAGAAGGCGCUUGCCACGGCGAUUCGGGCGGUCCUCUCGUUGCUGACGGUGUUCAAAUUGGUAUUGUCUCAUUUGGACAGCCUUGUGCUGCAGGCAAACCCGAUGUAUUUACCAGAGUUCACACUUUUUCUGAUUGGAUUGCCGCUGAACAAGCCAAGUUUUAGAUGAAUCAAACAUUUUUAAUUUGCUCUAUCAACAAAAUACCAUCAAUUAUGUCGCUAUAUAGCUAUAAUUUCAUUAUAAUUACUCAAAAUACCUUGUACUUCUGCAUUUCGAUAAUAAUAUACUUUUUAUAGAUAUAUAACAUGAUGGUAGUACUUGAAGUAACAAUUAUAAUAAUAAUAAUUUAUUUUUAUACAAAUUUCACGUUAGACUUUGUUUAUUCCAUUUGAUGUACUUUUUGUGUUAAUUAAACGUAACUGAUUGACCUUC